CUGAUCGCUGUGUUUUGAACGCCUUGGAAAAUGCACAAUCAUAUUGCUACCUUCACCUGCAUAUUCUUUGCUGAUGCAGGGCCAUUUCGUAAAUACGAAUGUAUGUUUUAGGCAGCGCUCAAAGCUAAGCCAGGCGAGGAUUGGUCCACGCGGUCAUGAUAAAAGACUCUGAUAACACCUGCAUCGUCGUUGAGACAGCUCACCCUCUCCUCUGCACGUCUUCGGUAACCGCCCGGUUUCACACAAGCACAUGACUUGGGUCUCCCACCUUUGUGUACAGAUAUGGUGCACAGCGUGCUGACCCAACAGUAUUAUCGUAUUUUCGUCUCAACGUGUGCCUGGACUUCAUACCCCGUUUCCACGGAUCUUCGAUUUCGCAGAUUUAAACAAGAAUGUCUGUGUUUGACUGGUGCUACGAAAUACGGCAAGGCAACCAACGAGUAUCCAAUGAGCUUUUAUUCGCAAGUGGCCGCCUGAUAACCUUAUCAGUUUCAACCUCUGAGACAUAUAUUCACGUUCUUCGCAAUAUGGUUCUUACACCCAAGAAAGUUCGGAUGCGGUCAGAAACAUGAAGGCUCCGGACUAUCGUCAGAUUUCUUGUUCUGUCAACUUUAAACUGAAUCAAGAUAACACUAGAUAGUCAGAUAAAUCUGACAUUUGUUUUUAAGCUGCGCCUGAUUUAACUAAUGGUUUACUUUGAGUGGCUACUAUCACAAAAUCCAUCAUGUUACGCAUAUCGCGCCUCAACAUGUUAGUUCUAAACACUUAGUGAGGAGACACCCAAAAUGAUAAAGGCAAAUUGAUUUGUAUGAGACAGAUUUCACCUGUGUGCACAACAUUUCCGGUCAAUCUAGCUGCAGUGAGGCGAUUGCGUGAUAGUGACUUCGAUUCUUCCGUACAUGAUUGCGAAUCAGAUGCACGUUCUCUUGCAUUCAAGGUUUCAUAGACUGGGGCCACUCCACACUCAACAGUGUGUAUGAACGGUGACAUCUUGCUGCCGAAAUGUUCGAACUUGAUUGCUUCUGAUACAUGUAAGUGGUGGCUACUGUCUGCGCUCCUCAGGGGGGAUUUUCUUCGUAAGUUUGACCCAGUCGUUGGUUUCUCACCUCUAAAACACUGGCAGAGGUGGUUGGUCUGGACUCUGGAGGGGGCUCGUGGAUCUGUAGUACGACUUUUUGACAACAUGGCUACACGCAUCUCAAGGCGCAAUCGCUUCCACUCAUGCAUUCAGUUGAAUGCAAAGGAAAUCGCACAACAAUGCCACGUUGCGUCAGUCUCGAGGGUACGGAGCCUCGUGUCCUGGUACACUGACAAGACGUGUUUUUUACUAACGUCUACAUACCAAGAGAAAAUAAAGCGACGCUCAUCGAUUUCUUGAAAGUUGAAUGUUGGCGACAAGCGGAUUUCUCG